CCACACUGAACGAACGUCACUGGUGCCGGACGCCAUUUUAGCAGAGGGAAAAAAAUUGUCGCCAGAUAAACUCGCUUUUCGCAGUCGUGUGUUUUGGGUGAAAUAAAUAUUUCUAUAUAGACAAUGAGUAACGGCGCAAGUGCCGGGGGAUUGGGCGCAGCGCGUCCGCCGCCUAGAAUCGAUGGAAUGGUCUCGCUGAAGGUCGACAAUCUCACAUACCGCACCACGCCGGAGGAUCUGCGUCGGGUCUUCGAGAGAUGCGGCGAGGUUGGUGACAUCUACAUACCCAGAGAUCGCUACACGCGCGAGAGCCGCGGUUUUGCCUUUGUUCGCUUCUAUGACAAACGUGAUGCUGAGGACGCACUGGAGGCCAUGGACGGUCGCAUGUUGGACGGCAGGGAGCUCCGUGUCCAGAUGGCUCGCUACGGCCGCCCGUCGUCGCCCACUCGCAGUUCAAGCGGUCGUCGUGGCGGAGGAGGUGGAGGAGGAUCUGGCGGGCGUCGCCGCUCACGAUCCCGCUCCCCGAUGCGUCGACGUUCGCGCAGCCCGCGCCGCCGCUCUUACUCCCGUUCCCGCUCGGCUGGCAGUAAUUCGCCGGAACGUCGCUCCAAGUUCUCGCGCAGUCCGGUGCGCGGCGACAGCCGCAAUGGAAUAGGGAGCGCAACCGGGGCACUAGCAGCAGCCGCAUCUCGCAGUCGCAGUCGCUCCUAAAUAUCAAAAAACGUUCCAAGAUGUGAGAGUGCGAGAAAUGGCUCGCUGACAAAGCCCGAUUUCGAUUCCUGUUACGAAUCUGUGGCUCCUCCUGUGUCAUGCUGUACCAGAACAGCAGGUAUACAAACCAUUAAACAGUCUUACACUUUACACAACUAUUUAUAGCGAACUAUUUUAAGUUUCGGCAGAGUAAAUAAGUAGAGAACAGGCAUGUAAUUAUGUUCCGAGCGAGAUCCCUGCUCACUGGGCGAUCCCUCGAUGUCGGUUCUUUCCAAUUAGGCUUUUGAUAUACUUAGUAGCGUAGAAAAAAUCCUUGAACAAAACCAGAAACAAAACAUAAUAAACUCAAAUUAACACGG